AUGCCCGUCAUAGACAAGCUCACCGGUGCCACUGGGUUGUCAGGCCCGCACCUGCUUCUCGGUGCCGUUGGAGUUUCUAUCAUCAUCUAUAUUGUCGGCAGCGCCAUCUACAACGUCUUCUUCCACCCACUAGCCUCCUACCCCGGUCCCCUCAUCCAACGCGCCUCCUACAUCCCCUUUGGCAUCCGCCAUACCCUCGGAAUCCAAGCCUUCCACACGCAGACCCUGCACGACAAGUACGGGCCCGUCGUGCGCAUCUCGCCCAACCAUCUGUCCUUCACCGACCACCGCGCCUGGAAGGAUGUCUACGGCCACAUCGCCGGCAGCCGCAACGGCACCGAGGAGAUGAUGAAGAGCUUGACCUUUGCCCACCCCGUCGACGAGCAGGCCCACCACAUCAUCAGUGCCGACCGCGAGUUACACGCCAAGCUCCGCCGGGGUUUGGCCAACAGCUUCUCGGACGCGUCCAUGCGCGGUCAAGGGCCGUUGAUUGGCAAGUAUAUCGAUUUGUUGAUUCACAAGCUUCAUGAGCAGGGCGAGGAAGGGAGGGUGCCCCUGAAUGCGACGAACUGGUAUAACUGCACGACUUUUGACAUCACGGGUGACUUGAUCUUUGGUAUGCCGUUUGGUGCGCUGGAGGGAAAUGGCAAGCAUCCGUGGCUGGAGUUCAUCUUGGGCAGCUUGAAGAGCGUGGCGCCGAUGGGGGCGUUGAGCUACAUCGGACUGCACUGGCUUGUUCAGGUUAUCUGGAAGAUGUCGGGCGCGGAGAUAUUCAGGAAGAGUAUGGAGAGCGUUGAUCUGAUGCUGAAGGAGAGGUUGAAGAUGGAUGCGGAUAGGAACGAUCUGUUCGGGGGCUUGAUUCAGAGGCAGGAGAAACUGGGUCUCGGCUUUGAUGAACUUUCCGCAAACGCCUGGAUUCUUGUGCUCGCCGGCUCGGAAACAACAGCAACUACCCUCAGCGGCGUAACCUACCUCCUCACGCAGAACCCAGAGGUCCUCAAGAGAGUGACCCAGGAAGUCCGCACCGCGUUCAAGUCCGUUGACGAGAUUGAUAUCAACUCCGUCAACAAGCUCACCUACAUGCUUGCAGUGCUCAACGAGACCCUGCGUUUGUAUCCUCCCGUGACAUCGAACUUGCCGAGGGUUGUACCCCGCGGAGGAGCCAAGGUUUUGGGAGACCUCGCGUAUGCCGAAAUGAGAUGGAUUCUCGCCCGCAUUCUCUUCGAGUUCGAUUUGCGGGGGUCGCCAACUACUGCGAACUGGAUCGAACGGCAAAAGUCGUACGGCCUCUGGGAAAGGAUACCCCUUGAUGUGUACUUUGAGCCUGCGAGAGAGAAGAGGUAA